AUGUGGACCAUAUUCCAGUUAGCACUGCACUCCGAAUAUCAAGACAUCAUACGACGGGAAAUCCACGAUCUCACCAGCCGUGACACUUCACAGAUCCCUAUCUCCGAGCUCGACAUGCGAACGCUCAGGAAGGCUUUACGCACGGACUCCUUUAUCCGUGAAGUCCUCCGGAUGAAAGGUGACGCCGUAAACCUGGUACGGAUGGCGCGCAAGGAUGUCCAAUUAGGAGACUACAUCGUCCCCAAAGACAGGGGGGUAGGGUCCCUCAUCUUACCACUGGUAUCAUUAUCCAAUCGGUCCCCGCGUUAUAAUGAAGGUGAUCCGAAGAGAUUCGAUGGGAUGCGGUGGGUAGAGAAGCAGAAAGCGGCUUCCACUACUGAUCCCGGCCAUCUUUCAUUCGGGUUGGGCAGGUGGGCUUGCCCGGGGAGGUUUCUGGCAGUUGCAGAAAUCAAAUUGGCGGUUUUUGCACUGCUUGCGGAUACGCGGUUGGAACUCGUUGGUGGGAGGUACGAUGUAGCUGACAAGUUCAAUAUAACGGGUAAUCCGCCUGAAGGGCAAUUGGUGUUUAAGAGGAUUAAUGGUUGUUGA